AUGGAAGUCUUGUGCGAUGAAUUUCGUAAUGUAAAAUCUCCAAUUUAUUCAUAUCGGCCGAUCAUAAAGUUUGAUUGGAAGGAGAAGAAGGAUGAAGAAAAUCGUGUACAUAUUCAUUUUAAGAGCGCCCCAAAAUUACAAACCAUCAAUAUUAAUGGAGAAAUAAUUUUUCACUUAAAAGAUAUUGAGAAUGAAAACAAAACGAGAAAGAAGUUAUCAGAUGUCCAUCGAAAAAUGAGAUGA